CGAUAAACGUUAUUUGAUGCGCGCGUUCCCCGACUACAAGCUAACUUAAGUUGUGAAUCAAGUGUGGACUGUUUUAUGAGUGUGUGUGCGAAGAAGAGCAGCAGUGUCGCGAUGCCAGCGUGCACAUCGGAGAGCCUCACCGGCAUGUGGCCCAGUAAUGAAAGCCUCAACGCCUCGGGUAGUGUCAGCUCUGGGUUUCAUAGCCCUGGGUCACCGGUUUCACUCUCGCCGAUUUCUACAUCACCGGAGAACACCCUCAAACGCCGCGUGCCCAUCCGGCGUGCCAACUCGACCAACUCAUGCGGAUCCACUGGUUCGGGAUCGUUUGUGAUCCGAUCUGAUCAUAGGGAUUCGCGAUCACAGAGCCCGCUCAAUUUUCCGCCUGAGGAGCCGCCGAGAUCGCCCUUGGUUGAUUUGAUUGGAUGGUACCCGCUGUUUCUGCUCAAGGUGGCCAAGGCGCUGAUGAUGUCGAUGCUGCCUGCCACCUGGAAACAGUUGGUGUUUGCCAUCCCGAUGUUUUGGAUAUCGAUGUGGGUGUGGUGCUUCUGGCAGCUUGUACAGCUCCCUUUGAAUGUCUUCAAGUUGGCACUGAGUCUGGUACUCACUUCACCGUCGGAGCGUAUUAGAAAGAAACGCACCGUGCUUAUCUCCGGCGGUAGUACCAUUCAGGCACUGCAUUUGGCGAGAAAUUUUUACUCGGCUGGUGCACGAGUUGUCGUCUGCGAAGUUGAGGGUAAUUUUGCGCUCGCGAGGUUUUCCACUGCUGUGAGCAAAUUCUACACCGUACCACGACCGAACAGCGAAAAGCAACAGAAUUACGUGCGGGCCCUUUGCGAGAUUGUCAACAAAGAGAAUGCGGUGUAUUAUAUUCCUGUAAGUGCCGCGACGCCCGCCUACUUUGACGCAGUGGCGAAACCGCACCUCGAGCUUCUUGGAUGUACCUGCUUUGCGCCUGGGAUCAAAGAGGUGCGUGCACUCGAUGAUAUUCUCGAGGUGUUCAAGCGCUGUCAGAAGAGUAACAUGCCAGUGCCGCCAUUCUACACGCUGACUAGCCGAGAUGAACUGGGAGGAUUGUAUGAUGCAGGUGUGGUACGUCCGGAACAGCGGUUCGUCAUGUCAAUGGCGGGUGCGUGCGGAAUUCGCGACAGAGCUAAAUUGGUCCUGCCUCCCUGCAAACGUCAACUUCGUCUGCCUCCCAGCAUGGACAUCAGCGAACAACGCCCGUGGGUCGUGGUACAGGAUGUUGAGGGUGAGCAUUUUGUCACGUGCACCACGGUUAAGGAAUCCAAGAUCAUCGCCAAUGUCUCCUGCCGGUUGGAUCGCCACAAUAAUGGUCUUCUACCGGUUGAAUCAAAGGAGAUCGAUGCAUGGUUGCUACAAUUCUUCGGGCAACUGCACCUCUUGCGUCCGAUUACCGGACAUGUUAGUUUCCGGUUGGUCAAGUGCGCACACACUGGUCAUGUGUUGCCGUUGAGCGCACGUGUUGGGGUCAGUCUUCCUUACAUUUGCUACACCAGCGUGCACCCGCGUCUCCUGUGGAAGCCCUGCAAGCACUUCAGUCGCCAGAACUCGGGUCCUUUGGUUGCUGAAAAUGGCCGCUACUACAUGCCCGAGACGGUCAUCGAUGCUCUUAAGCAUCCCAGCGUUGAGGCGGUCACGCGGCUGGUCGGCACCGUGCUGGAUAAGCGCGAGGCCCUUUUUGCUGUUUGGGAUCCGUUGCCCUACUGCGCCUACUACCACAUGCAGCUGCCCUUUCGCAACUUCCUCGGCUUCCUGCAACGGACGCAGGGCGGCACCCACUUUCCUCCGCCCAUGACCGCCAACUGACCCCGAAUCGUCAUCUCAUUAGGAGAGAGAACAUAGCCUGUGCAUGCGGCCCGCCAUCUUGGUGGCUGGCAGCGAUUUAAAACCCUGUAGCUCUCUUGCUUGUGCAUGCGAGUGCACAAGUUGUUUGUUGAAAUGAUUUUCAUUUUGUAUAUGUCAUGUGUACGGAUUAUCGUCCGCUUAUCGGCGGCGCGCAGUGGCAGCGCGCUCGUGUAGUCGUCGCCGCCGCCAUCUUAUCGCUCUAGUCGCUCUCACAAGCGACUUAUUUAUUACUCUCGUCUUUUUUCUACUCCUCUAUUAAUAAUAUUGUAUAUUAUUAUUUUCUACUCAUUAUAAAUAACGAUGAUUACGAUGUGUUUGUUGCGAGCGCAGAUCGCAGACGAGAAAAAUGCUCGUGUGUCUGACCUCUGCCUCUGCUGCAACGAGCGAAUGCAAAACAAAGCCAAACUGAAAGCACGUUCCUAGAUUCUAGUUGUAACAAAUUGUUAAUAAAUUAUUCGAAUAAAGAGUCUAAACAAUG